GGAAAAUAUUUUCCCAAUUGAAAAUAUCAGCAGACCGCAAGUGCAGCGCAAAACAGUCGACGUUUAGCUUUCGUGAAGAAAGAUUCAAUUUAAUUUUCGAGCGGGCGUAAAAAUACGGGUACUAAGAUUCAAUUUUACGAGAAAAUAAUUAACUUUUCUAAAAACACGUCACAGAUUAUACAUUGGAACUGAAAAACAAAAGCAGAAGUUUUCAAAAUGGCCAAUGCACCGGGCAGUAAACUGCAUCUAGAAUCUCUGGACAGAAUCGUUAGCAUUCCAUUGGUCGAGACCAGUUUCAAACGCAUCGAAAAUAUCUACGGUAAAGUCAAACAAAAUAAUCGACUUUUUAAUUGGUAUUUUGAAACUGCCGAGAUGACCAUCAGUGCCGCCUACGAAUCAGUACAGCCUGCAGUCAAACUUUUCGAAGCGCCUCUAAAGCAUCUGGAUGGCGUUAUGUGCAAAAGUUUAGACUUGUUGGAGCAGCGUAUACCAUUGGUCUAUCUGCCACCCGAAAUGAUGUAUUGGAACACAAAGGAGUACAUGUCCGAUCAUUUGGUGCGACCGGUGCUCAAGCGUGCCGACUCUGUUAAACAUAUCGGUAACACCGUCUUGGAAAGUCAACUGACCGCUUAUGCCGCACAAAGACUGGAUGAAGCCUUUACAGUUGGCGACAAAUUCGUGGAUAAAUAUUUGACACCCAUACCAGGCGAUCAAACGGACGCUCCCAUUGAUGAUGAUAAUAUUUCUGGUGCAGAGAAUGAGCAGGGCGCCAUAAAAGCAAUUCAUCACGGUCGGCGAUUCUCGCGCAAGCUUAAACGACGCUUAACCCAGCGCACCCUGGCCGAGGCGCGAGCUUUGAAAAAGCAAAGUAGAGAAGCCAUUAACAUACUCAUCUAUGCGGCAGAGUUGAUUGCCACUGACCCGAAGUUGGCGCUACAAAAAUCCAAAGAACUAUGGGACUAUCUCAGCGAAGAUGAGCCGGAGAAUCAAGCGCGGCCAGUUAGUUUGGAGCAGUUAAUUGUUCUCUUGACUCGCGAGUCAGCACGCCGCCUGGUACAUUUGGUCAAUUUUAGCGCAAAUAUCGCGGCAAACAUACCAAAAACUAUGUCUCACACUACCACUGAAGUCGUCCAUCUCAUAAUCUACUUUAAUAAUCGCCUUAUUAGCAUUACAAAAUUGGAUAAGGUUAAGAAUAUGUCCAAAGAAGAAGCUGAAUCUCUAAUUAAACGUGCCCUGGCAUUCUAUAGCAGUCUUCAAACCAUCAGUAAUACCUACUUGGAACGUUUGGCUACCUUUCUCUCUGGACGCAUAGAAGCGGAAAAAGUUACUGUUCCCGCCAUUUCAACCACAAUGUCAUCAUCAUCCAAUGCAAGACGACGAAUUGAAACGCAGGACAAUAAUGUUCCUGCUCCACAUAUAAAUGGCGUUUACUGAGAACUAGAAUUUUUUGCUUUUGUCGUAUUUUUAUUUCUAAUCAUCGAGUUUUAUUUUUACUCUCAUAUUCGUACUAAUACAUAGUUAAGUU